AGAGUGAGAAUGAGAAAGUGAGCUAGAGAGAGUCUGAGAGUUGGGGAAGAUGAUGGGCUCUCUGAGUUUUCUUCACACAUCUGUUCUUGGGUCUUUACCACCUUCUUCUUCAAGCAAGAUAUUGAGAAAUAACCGACACCUUGCCAAGCAACAACGAAUUGGAGUGGCCUGUGGAUCUCAAAAAUUGCUUGAGCACCCAACCUUCCUUUUUCCAUCAAGAAUUUCAAUAUACAGGAGGGUGCAGCACAGUUCCUCGAUCUCAGCUCUUGUAACAGAUGAGAGUGCAACAAUGACACCCUCUGAGGAAGAUGCAGACAAUGUUGGUAUCCUGGGGAUUGAUCCAGGCUUGGAACCUUAUAAAGAUCACUUUGCAUGUAGAGUAAGGAGAUACAUUGAUCAGAAAGCCCUUCUUGAGAAAUAUGAAGGAGGUCUCGAGGAAUUUGCUCUAGGUUAUUUGAAAUUCGGAUUUAACAGAGAAGAAGGUGGCAUUGUGUACCGUGAAUGGGCGCCUGCUGCUCAAGAAGCACAACUUGUUGGGGACUUCAACGAAUGGAAUGGUGCUAACCACGAAAUGGAAAAGAAUCAAUUUGGUGUCUGGAGUAUCAGAGUUCCUGAUUCUGGUGGAAAUCCAACCAUUCCUCACAAUUCAAGAGUCAAGUUCCGAUUCAAGUAUGGUGAUGGAGUUUGGGUUGAUCGCAUCCCUGCUUGGAUUAAAUAUGCCACUUUCGACCCGACAAGAUUUGGAGCACCGUAUGAUGGUGUAUACUGGGACCCUCCUCCUUCAGAAAGGUAUCAGUUUAAGUAUCCCCGUCCUCCAAAAUCCAAGGCCCCGCGAAUAUAUGAAGCUCACGUCGGAAUGAGUAGCUCAGAUCCCCGCAUUAAUUCAUACAGAGAAUUUGCUGAUGAAGUUUUGCCUCGUAUUCAAGCAAAUAACUAUAACACAGUCCAGUUGAUGGCUGUGAUGGAGCAUUCCUAUUACGGAUCAUUCGGGUAUCAUGUUACGAACUUCUUUGCUGUAAGCAGUAGAUCCGGGACCCCAGAGGACUUGAAAUAUUUAGUUGAUAAGGCCCAUAGCUUAGGUCUGCGGGUUUUGAUGGAUAUUGUUCACAGCCAUGCAAGCAACAAUGUGACUGAUGGCCUCAAUGGCUUUGAUAUUGGCCAAAGCUCACAAGAUUCCUACUUCCACAAUGGAGAUCAAGGUUACCAUAAGUUAUGGGAUAGCAAACUCUUUAACUAUGCUAAUUGGGAAGUUCUCCGCUUCCUUUUAUCCAACUUAAGUUGGUGGCUUGAAGAGUUUAAAUUUGAUGGCUUUCGAUUCGAUGGGGUUACUUCGAUGUUGUAUCAUCACCAUGGAAUUAACAUGGCAUUUACGGGAAAUUAUAAUGAGUAUUUUAGUGAAGCAACCGAUAUUGAUGCUGUUGUUUAUCUGAUGCUGGCAAAUUCUCUGAUUCAUAACAUCUUGCCCGAUGCGACUGUCAUUGCUGAAGAUGUUUCUGGUAUGCCUGGACUUGGUCGGCUUGUCUCUGAGGGUGGAAUUGGUUUUGAUUACCGCCUGGCAAUGGCCAUUCCUGACAAGUGGAUUGAUUACUUGAAGAACAAAACAGAUGAAGAAUGGUCGGUGAAGGAAAUUUCCUGGACUUUGACGAAUAGGAGAUACACUGAGAAGUGUAUAGCUUAUGCUGAAUGCCAUGAUCAGGCCAUUGUAGGUGACAAAACAAUUGCAUUUCUUCUAAUGGAUACAGAAAUGUAUUCUGGCAUGUCUAGCUUAACAGAUGCUUCUCCUACUGUUGAGCGAGGGCUUGCACUUCACAAGAUGAUACAUUUUAUAACUAUGGCAUUAGGAGGUGAUGGAUACCUCAACUUCAUGGGGAAUGAGUUUGGCCAUCCUGAGUGGAUUGACUUCCCAAGAGAAGGAAAUGAGUGGAGCUAUGAAAAAUGCAGACGCCAAUGGAACCUGGUGGAUACAGACCACUUGAGAUACAAGUUCAUGAAUGCGUUUGACACAGCUAUGAAUUUACUUGACGAGAAAUUUUCAUUCCUAGCAUCGACUAAACAGAUUGUAAGCAGCACAAAUGAAGAAGACAAGGUUAUUGUCUUUGAGCGUGGAGAUCUGGUUUUCGUGUUUAAUUUUCAUCCGGACAAUACAUAUGAUGGGUAUAAAGUUGGGUGUGACUUACCUGGGAAGUAUAGAGUUGCACUAGAUAGCGAUGCUCGGGAAUUUGGUGGACAUGGAAGAGUGAGCCAUGAUGUUGACCACUUCACAUCCCCUGAAGGGAUCCCAGGAGUUCCUGAAACAAAUUUUAAUAAUCGACCCAAUUCCUUCAAAAUACUCUCACCACCUCGCACGUGUGUGGUUUAUCAUAGAGUGGAAGAAGGUGUAGAAGAAGGCAGCGCUAGUGAUUUGACUCGUGUGACUGAGACAUUAGCAGCAGCAGACAUAGGGCCUGGGCAGGACAAUUUUGAAGAAUCGGGUUUUGUAGAGAAUGGUGAUGCCAGCCCAAGCAGGGGAAAAGAUUCAGAGGUAGAAGAGACCAACAAAACAACAGAUGUUGAAGCAGAAGGGACGGUGGAAGGAGCCUCAUAUGACUAAAUGGCGGUUCAUUUGUCAUAGUUACAGUUCCUGAGAGGUGAUAGACAUGUGAAUAAAUAAAGAGGCUAGACAUGUGAAUAAAUAAAGAGGCUUUCAUUUAGGCUGUGUAUACUUUAUGUAGAUGAAUGUAUGGCCUACAUGUAUAUAUGAGAAGAAAGACUAUGCCUGAUGUAAUAUAGUCAUCAUAAAUGGGAAUAUAGUCUCUUGCUUUGAUUGGAGUA